AUAAGCUAAAGUCUGAUAAAAUUAUGCUCUUCCUGGUUUCACGGGGCUCGCAUUGCCAGGCAGUAGUGAGUCAGUGAGCUCGAGAUUGUCGACAGCUUGAACACCCCGGAAGACGCUUCUGGACGUGCGCUGAUAGUGGUGCGUAUAACGCUUUGUGCUUGCUGUUCAUUGAUUUACACGAUUCAAUUCCAUUCGAUCUCCGACCGAAAAGCCCAACGAAAGUGUGAUCAUCAAGCGGGGAACUAGCUUGGUUGGAAAGAUUGUUGGAUUCCUGAAUGGUGAGAAGGAAAGAUCAUGCGUAAAGUGCGAUAAUUUGCUCUCCCGUGUUGGUGUGUAUCGAAAAUUAGUGGCCAGGAAAAAAAUACCGGAAAAACGUAUCCCUGCUUCUCGGCUGGGAAUCGACCGCUGCGUCGGUUGGUGUGGUGUGGCGAGGAAAAAUGAAAAGGAAAACUUCGAUUGGGCUUUAAUUGAAAGUUUGUGUGCUGCCGUGUGAUGAGCGAUGGUCCGUGUGUGCCGAGCACUAUCUUCCAGUACAAACAACACAUCCCCGGCCUAGACGCGACCAAUUUCAUCAUAUCAUCUUCCAGCAUCAUCGGCUGUGAAGAUCGUCUGUUUGCCUGCACGAAACACUCCUCCAACUCGCUGGGUUCCAGAAUAGCCAGGCCCACUAUCAGAAGAUUUGUCCCGCCGAGCGGAAGCCCGCGGUCCGGGCCCGUAGUUCUGUGGUGUGGUGCAUUGUUGUGAAAGUGUGGAAUAGGAAACCGAACGGAAGAGAUCAGAAACAGGAAAAGGGGGCAGAACGGGAGAGCUCAGGCGCGCACUGCAUGAAAGGAAACCAUCAACACGAUCGCGCCUGUCCCGAUCCCGCACUGGAAAACAUGAUCCGGCCCGAGCUGCUACUGUUUAUGUUGAUCGGCUGCAGCAGCACGAUUAUGCUGCUGCCCGGUGCUGCUGCGGAACAUCAUAACAUGUCACACACGAAAGACUGUGUACGCUUUCACGAGCAAUGUGUCCGCUGCACCGAAUCCGGCUGUAUCAAGUGUGCGGAAGUGCUGCGCAUCGAUACCGGCGAAUGCCUAUCGGAAUGUCCGUCCGGGUACGGUGCGCAGUGGUCAACCAGCAGCGAGUACAUGGGGCUUUCCGGUGAGGCUCUUCAGGUGGACGCAUCGUAGUUUUUAUUAGUUGGACAAAAGUUUUCUCCAUCUUCCAACGAAAAUGAAAAUCUGGAAGGAUGUAUUCACCGGGGACGAAAUGUUCUCCGACACGUACAAGGUGAAGCUGGUGGACGAUGUGAUGUACGAGGUGUACGGAAAGCACGUCUCCCGCACCUUGGGCGAUGUGCAGCUGGAUGGUGCCAACCCGUCCGCUGAGGAGGCCGAAGAAGGAACGGAGUCGGCCACCGAAACUGGUGUUGAUAUCGUCCUGAACCACCGUCUGGUCGAGACCGGAUUUUCUGACAAGAAGCAGUUCACCACCUACCUGAAGGACUACAUGAAGAAGCUCGUCACCCGGCUGGAAGAGAAAUCGCCCGGCGAGGUGGAAGUCUUCAAGACGAACAUCAACAAAGUGAUGAAGGAUCUGCUCGGUCGCUUCAAGGACCUGCAGUUCUUUACCGGUGAAUCGAUGGACUGCGAAGGUCUGAUCGCCAUGCUGGAGUACCGUGAUAUCGAUGGCGAAUCCGUGCCAAUUCUGCUCUGCUUCAAGCACGGUCUGGAGGAAGAGAAGUUCUAAGUGUGUGCGGUUUCGUGUUCUAGGCUGAUCGCAGGCAUCGUCGUUUAUAUAUUUUCAAUUUCUAUUUGAUUUAUAAGCUUUCAUUGACACACCCCCCGGUAAACAGCAUCCUGUAAAAGAAGACUAAAUGACCAAACAGCAGGGAGCGCGUUAUUUAUAAUGUGCGUGUGCCGCGUUUUUCGCGACGUGCGUAAGGUUUAGAGAACAAUUGUAAAAGUGAAGGUGAGGUCAAGUUUGAGACUUUUAGGAAAUUACCGCCAGCAUUUAAUUAUCGGCUAGGAAGGAGGAGCAGGAUGUACCGUUAGAUGUGACAUUUCCAAACAAGAUGCGGAUGAAAACUCGGUGCGAAAUCGCUAUCUACAAUCAUUUACAAUUGUGCGUGACUUACCAAUACUCACCAAAAGCUUGCAGUUACGUUAUCAACUAUUUUUCGGUAGCACGGUACAACAGAAAACACGCGCGGCGGCAGGCAACCAGACAGGGAACAUCAGUAGACGGGCGCGCGCGCGCGUGCGUUUGGUAACAGAGACCAUACCAGCAGCAUGGCAUCAGGACUUUUUUGGAAGGUGGAGAAAAACCAACAACGAUUAUCUUCUGUCCUGCAAGAUUUUAAAGCUUCCUUGCAACAUCAAAAUCAAGCAUGAAAACUGAACAUCAAAUAAAGAAGAAAACAUCAAUCGUAACAACUGAAAACGAA